AAUACAGCAUCAGACAUCAGAGGCUCCUGAACACUUUCUGAACUCCUGACCUUUGACCUUUGACUUCUUCAACUUCUCCACAACAAGACUGACUGACCAAGAAAAUGAUCAGUGGUUGAAUCCAUAGCAGAAGUGAUGUUUGCAUUCUCACCGUAUAUUACAGGAAGUAUGACAGUAGUCCUGUAUGUCGGACUAAAAUACUUGAUGCAGUUUGAGGAAUAUAAACAUGUUUCAACACUUAACAGUUUGUUAUUGUGGUAUAAAUACUGAAACUGAAAUAUCGGCACCAAUAUCACAAUUUUAAAAACAAUACUCGCCUUCAAACUGGAUUCUUGGAGAAGCUGUCCUCGUAUAUCAUUAACAACAUUUCUAAUUAUAAAUGCAUCAGUCUGAUAUGAUUUGAUCUGGAACAUUUUAUUUUACUAUUUGUUGUCAUGAUAUUUGUAUUUUGAAUGUUGAUGGGAUUAAGAAUCAUUCGUCUCCAAGCUCUUCAUUUCCUUUGAACAAUGACGCCGUGUUCUUCUGUCAUGAUGGACCAGAAGAACCAAAUCUGAUUUUUUCUUUGACUAAGAAAACCUAAAUGAAAUGAAUCUCUUAUUUCAUCAGUGAAGCUUUUUACUUUGUUUCAUAUCAGAAAUAAUUCACACUUUUGUCAGCUGUGACAUUUUCCCACACAAAGCUUGAGCUAGAGUGGUUUCCAACAGUUUCAUGUCUGAUGUUCAGCGUCUUUAUUUCUUUAUUUCUUCAUAUGUGGUAAAAGUUGAAAGCUUUUAUUGGUCCUACAGAGUUUGCAUGCAUGAUGUUCUGCACGUAAGCAGCUAAAUGAAGAAGCUUCUUAGUGGUUAUGAAGCAUUCAAAGAGCACGUAUGAUCUACACUGACAGGAUGCUGUUUGUUUCUUCAGCACAUUUUUACAGACUCGUCUCUUUAGCUGCAGCUUCCUCUUUGGCAGAAUGAAUAAUCCACAUAAUGUCAUUUUAAAAAUCUCUUCUGUUCGAUCACAGCCCAAGUUUGAACUUCUGUUUUGAUCACUGAUGAAGAUCCUGACUUGAACUGACCUGAAGAAGGUCUACCAGUGGCUGAUGACAGAGGUCAAAGUUCAUCACAGCUGUGCAGACACAUUCAGUACAGAGAAGGUGUCUGGAGACUCUCCAAUGCAUACAGAAAGAAACAUGUAUUGUCAUCAGGACCACAGCAUAUGUGUGUGAUCUGAUGCUGCUUCAGUUCCUUUUCAGUUGAACCAUCAUGAGCCAGUCAGGAACUGAGCCACCACCUGAGAUUGACGCAUGGACCAAAGAAGACGUUCACCGGUGGCUGAUGACAGAAGUCAAGAUUCAACAGACUUGUGCAGACAUCUUCAUUGCAGAGGAAGUGUCUGGAGAUGCUCUGAUUGCAUACAAAAAGAAAGAUGUACUGGACUUAGGAAUAAAACACGGUCCUGCUGUCAAAAUCACAUCUCAUCUAGAAAGGCUGAAGACAGGAUCACAACACGAGUCACUGUGUCCAUCUGAUGUAGAACACUGGACAAAGGAGAAAGUGAGCGAAUGGUUACGGCAGCAUGUGAAGGUCGAUAACAAAAAGGCACAACGGUUCCAAGAUGAAGACGUGUCUGGAGAUUGCCUUGUUUGCUUCAAGAAGCAGGACUUUCUGGAUCUGGAGCUGAAGAAGGGGCCUGCUGUUAAGAUUCUGAACAAACUGGACGGUCUAAAAACAGUGACGCAACGUAACAGCAUGGGCAUGGGAAGAUCGCAACACAAAAAUAAGACAUAUCUGCCAGUGGAGAAACAGGACCAGCAACCAGUGUCACAGGAGACAAAGAGGAAAGGAAGUGCUGAGAACGCUACCAUAUUAAUCAAGGACACCCUGGAAAACCUCUAUGCAAAGGAUCUAAAGUCUUUUAAUUUGGAACUACUAAAGUACAAUAAAUCAGAGUAUAAACCCAUUCCUAAAGGCAGACUGGAACAUCAGGACAUCAUUGACAUCGCUUUGAUGAUGACUCAGUACUACAGAUGUGACGAGGCUUUACGCGUCACCAUAGACAUACUCAACAACAUUGAUCAGCGUGAACUUGCUUCACAACUGCAACGCAACAUGGAUCAAGGGAAGCUCCGUCCUAAACAUCCUGCCAAUAGACAGGAGACAGAGGACAUAGUCACAGAGGACAUAGUCACAGAGGACACAACGGAUGCAGUCUCACCAUCCUGUUUCAGGGUGAGAUGGGGAUGGAAAUGUUGUUGGAGUCUUUGCUCCAUGAAAAUGAAUGCUUCAUGCUGCACGUCAUGAGAUAAAAACCGAUCCAUCUUUUUAGUGGGAGCUGGACGUCACAAUUCUUUUUACUGAUUUUAAAUGAAAAUGCCAAAGAGGAAUUAGUUUCAACUAGUUUUCAUUUUAUUGUUCUUUCUGGAGUUAACCCUCUGCUGUCCACAAGACGGCUGCGUUGAACCAUUUUGUCGUUUGCUGACUGAAAGUGGAGGAAGAGCUUCAGUGCCUUCACACCAACGUCCACCUUCAGUUCUCAGUGAUCUUCAGUCACCAGCAAAUCCAGAGAUUGUGAACAAUGUCAUCUGAUGACAGACUGGUAAUUAAAAACAACCAAUGCCUAAAAACUGGUCCAUACUGUAAACCUAUGGAAACUCAUCAGAACUCUGUAAUCCAUGGCCAGUUGUAUCAUCCAGUAUCUUAGGAAAACUCUGCCUGUUGUCCAGUUAAACUGUAUCAGACAGAUCUGAGCUCUGAUGAGGAUUUCUACACCCAAACUAAAGAACUUGAAAAUCGCUUCAAACAAAGAGGCGAUGAAGACAGUGUUGUAAAAGCACCAAGUCCAUUCAUCACUUAUAUUUCACUCCAGCACCCAUCGAUGUCGAGUUUUGUGAUAUGUGAUGUGUUUUACAUUGUUUUGUGAAUUGACACUUUCGGUCUGGUUCAUAAACCCUAUUGUAAAAUUUUAGCCAGCAGAUUUUUUCAUUCAUCCUGAGGGAACAUCAACAUGUUUUGUCGUGUAAUAUGAAUUGUCUGUCUGUAAGAGGUCAUAUUGCUUAGGUCCCACUUGGUGAUACCUGAAGUAGUUUAUUGUCCUCCUGGAUCCACAUUAUUCACAUGUAUUGUAUCAUUUACAUGUAUUGAAAAUCCAUAAUUAAAUGUCUAUAUAGCAUGUUUUAAAUCUGUUAUUUACUCAACAUCCAGGGACCUUCCCUCUGUCCUCCCAUUUGUCCUAUUUUGCUGAAAUUAAAAAUGAUUUUUUAAUUUGGACUUCAUGUAAUGCACGUACACAAAAUGAUCCAAACUGCUGAAGUGAAGAAGACGUCGAGUCACAGGGAUUUUUACCUUCUUGCCUUCUUCAAGGCAAACCUGACUCUGCUCUAGCUCCUUCUGCUGGUGCACAGCAAUCUCAUAACACAGAUUCUUAAUUGGAUUGAUGUCUGGGCUUUGAUUAGGCCAUUUCAAGACAUUUAAAUGUUUUCCUUUAAGCUACUCAAAUGUUGUUUUAGCAGUGUGCUUAAGGUCAUUCACCUGCUUGAAGGUGAACCUUCACCCCAGUCUCAAAUCUCUGGCAGACUGAAACAAGUUUCCACUAAAAAUCCCCCUGAAUUUAGCGCAAUUAAUCAUCUCAAUAUCUGUCCUAUGGACAUAUAUUCCAACAGAAGUUGUGAAGCUUUACAGCUCCUUCAGGGUUGUCUUUGGUCUCCAUGGUGCCUGUCUGAUUAAUACCCUCCAUGUCUGGUGCUUGAGUUUUGGUGGGCGACUCUCUUGCCAGGUUUGAUGUGGUGAUUAUUAAUGAUUAUCACAUUUGUUUUUAUUACAUUGUUUAAACAAGCUACAUGCAAGCCUCUUUUUUAUUUUUAUUUUUCAUUUCACUUCACAAAUUUGUACUAUUUUGUGUAUAUCCAUUACAUGAAGUUCUAAUAGAAAGCUAUUUUAAUUCCAGGUUGAAGGCAACAAACUUGCACACUAAUGUAGAUCAAUAAAGUUCAUCUAGGAUUUUCCAUAGAUAACAAUGUAUUAAAGACCAAUAAUAGCUCAAGGUUAAAUGAGAUUUGAGCUGCACACAUUCAAGAAGCCUGAAGAAAGGAACAGACCAGAUAAAAGUCUGCUACUGAUCCUCUUCAGCUGUCUGAGCGAUCAGCAAGACCUACUAUCAUAAAAAUGGGUCCCAGUUUCAUUUGACAGUAGUUUUAUUUUUUCAUAAAUAUAUACAUGUUUUGGCAACUGUUACAUUCCUGACUCAACAUGAAGUUCUUAGAAAGUUUUGCAUGUAUAUAUUAUUACAUGUUACGUUUUAUUAUAUAUAUAAUAUAUAUAUUACGUUUAUUACUCGUGUUUUUAGGGCUCAGUGAGUGUGGAUGUUAAUGAUCAACAGAAGAAGUUGUAAAGUUGUAAACUGACACUUUAAAGACUUUCUUCCGCUUUCUGUAUCAGUGAUUAUUUUAUCAGAGCUGGAGCGUGAUCUUCAGAUCCUUUUCUAUAUUGAGUCAAGCUCCUCUGAGGGUAAGAAUGUAAAGAAUGUAAUGUUUCCAAGCUGCUUGUUUUUGCAUUGUGCUAUAUCUUUUAACCUAAAAACUGAUACAUAUGUAGA